AAAACCCCUCUGUAAUAUAUUUCUUGGAGUGUAUUAGUUUGUGCUUUGGAGGAUUUUGAUGCUGAUCCUUGUAUUAGUCUCUUCAUAUUUAAAUUGCUGAUACAGUCAACAGAAUUUUGUAGAAAUUAGAACUGAUAAUUCGAGAUUUAUUGGUGUAAUUCAACAAGUGUACUUAAUUGUGUAGUUGUGUACGCAAACUUGUCCUAUAACUGAAAAGAAUUAGUGAAGAAAAUGGUGCUCUCUCAUAUGUGUAAUCGAAUUGGAAGGAGGACAUAGAAGAAGCGAAAAAAAACUAGUUAUCAAUUUUGGAAAGGGCAUGUUUAUUCAUUUUUCAUUUUUUCAUGCGUCUUAUGUCAGAAAAGUAAUAGUUUAAUGGGUGCUAUCAAAUUGAAAUUUGAUACCACAAGUUAUCUGUAAUGAAGAAAUUAGACACAUUUUUAAUCUAGAUGAAUGCCUCUGUCAGAUUUAACAGAUUCCUGAUCGGAUAAUUUACCAGUUCUUCAAAGGGAUACAAGCUAGAGCUGGCUUCGUUGUUUGCUAGUCUAUCAUGUGACAAUGUCUCAUUCUUUCAGUUUCCAUGACUCAUGUGGACAUUUUUUUGCACUGCAGACUGCUAUUACAAAUGCAUAUUAGCUCACUUAUAAUGGAAUCCUCAAAUGUAAUUGCCAAAUGGUAUAGAUAUUGGUAGUUGUAUUAUUUAUGAUAUUUAUUAACGUUUUUAAACCACAUGCACGCGCGCGCGCGCGCGCACACACACACACAUAUAUAUAUAUUGCUUUUAUAUCUAAAUUAAAUAUAAAAUUUGCACCUCUUGAUUUUUCUGGCUCUGCCAUUGUUAAUAAAUCUACACCCAUUUUUGGCUCUGGUUCACAUUAAGAUGCCAAUGUUACCACAUUGAUUUUUUAUCCUACUCCUUUAAUUACACCUGAAAAGAUGUUCUGAUUUUAAAUUUCUAAUAGCUUAUUUAAUCACACUUCGAUAUAUGUGUGUGAAUACAAUUUAUAUAUGUAGGCAUGAGAUUGUGUAGUGACAGAGGUGGGUAGCAAGGUACAAAAGUUCAAAGUUGGAGACAAAGUUGGUGUUGGUUGCAUGGUUGGAGCGUGUCACUCAUGUGAUAGCUGCAAGAACGACCUUGAAAAUUACUGUCCAAAAGUGAUUCUCACCUACAACUCCAUAUACUAUGACGGAACCAUGACAUAUGGAGGCUAUUCUGAUCACAUGGUUGCUACUGAGCGCUAUGUGGUUCGGAUUCCUGACAAUCUGCCUCUUGAUGCAUGUGCUCCUCUCCUUUGCGCUGGGAUCACAACUUAUAGGCCCCUAAGAUAUUUUGGACUUGACAAGCCUGGUCUGAAUUUGGGCGUGGUGGGUCUAGGUGGGCUGGGCCAUGUAGCUGUGAAGUUUGCCAAGGCUUUUGGGCUUAAAGUCACUGUGAUCAGUACCUCCCCUCGCAAGAAGAAGGAAGCUAUUGAACAUCUUGGUGCGGAUUCAUUUCUGAUUAGCACUGACCCUAAUGAGAUGCAGGCUGCUAUGGGCACUUUGGAUGGAAUUAUUGGCACAGUCUCUGCAGUUCACUCUUUACUACCAUUGCUUGGUCUGUUAAAGUCUCAUGGAAAGCUCGUCUUGGUUGGUGCACCAGAAAAGCCAUUUGAAUUACCAGCCUUUCCUUUGCUUAUGGGGAGGAAAAUAGUAGCUGGAAGUAACAUUGGGGGUAUGAAGGAGACACAAGAAAUGAUUGAUUUUGCAGGAAAACACAACAUAACUGCGGACAUUGAGGUCAUCCCAGCGGACUAUGUGAACACUGCUAUGGAGCGUCUUGCCAAAGCUGAUGUUAAGUACCGUUUUGUCAUUGACAUUGGAAACACACUGAAAGCUGCCUAGUCUUUACCCUUAUGCUUCCUAAAUUUAGUUUGUUGUAGUGACAUGGUCACCGAUAUGGGAGACUAUUAAGUUGUCUACUGUCUUUAUUUUUUUUUUUGUAAUGUCGGGCUUUUUGUUACCAAUGUUGGAACAUCUUUUCUACUGGUUACAUCCUGUGUCUCCUAACCCAGCUUAAUUUUUAAGUGCACUUUUGAAGAUCUCAAAUGCAUUGCUACAAAAUAGUUGACU